AUGGAGUACUUCAUGGCUGCCAUGGCUCGUGAGCGUCAACCUUCCCUCCGGAGAGAGCGCACGUUCCGCCGGCGCCUAGCCUUGGAUCACGUUCUGGACCAGCACCUGCGCAAUUACCGGUUCCCGAGGCAGCAUAUCCUGACCCUCUGCACGACACUCGAGCCUCGACUGCAGCGGCCUACGGCGCGGUCUCACGCCUUACCAGUGGACGUGCAAGUCCUGCUCGCUUUGCGCUUUUUCGCAAGCGGGAGCUUCCAGGCUACGGUAGGGGACACGGUUGGCGUUAGCAAGUCGAGUGCGUCGCACGUUGUGGCAGAAGUUACUGACGCCCUGUGCUCGCUCGCUGCGGAGCACAUACGCUUCCCAGCGACACUGAGGGCUGCUAAUGCUUCCGCCAUCGCCUUUUCGCAGAUCGCACAGUUCCCCAAGGUCCUGGGAUGCAUAGAUGGCACACAUGUGCAAAUCAAGCCUCCUAAGGACCAGGAACACGUGUUCAGAAACAGGAAAGGCCUACUCAAUGUACAGGCUAUCUACAAUGCUGAAGGUGCCAUCACACAGCUGACGUCAAGGUGGCCCGGCAGCACUCACGACAGCUUUGUUUGGGCCAACUGCGACCUGCGGAGGUGCUUCGAAAGAGGGGAAUUGCCUGACGGCUGGUUGCUAGGUGACUCUGGGUAUGCCUUAGAGCCAUGGCUGCUCACCCCUCUAAGGUCUGCGGCUGGCCCAGCGGAGGAACGCUAUAACGCAGCCCAUACCCGGACGAGGCAGGUCAUUGAGCGGACCUUUGGAAUUCUCAAGGGACGCUUCAGGUGCAUGCACCAAUCCGGGGGUGUUCUGCAGUAUAGCCCAUCAAUGUGCGCCAAAAUGGUGGUGGCAUGUGCGGUGCUGCACAAUAUGUGUGUCCGGCAUGGCAUUGGCCUCGACGCUACUGAUGGUGAGUGUUUGUUGUUGCUGUAGUAGCCUUAUUAAUGUGUUAAGCAAAAGAGUACUUCGUUAGGAGAAAU